AUGGCUGCUCAGCAGCGGACGUCCGACUCGCCCUUGCGUGCUCUGGAAGAAGCGCUGGGCAUGGGCUUGGCGGCCGCCGGGGACGCCGAGGGCACCUACUACCUGGAGCAGGUCACCGUGACUGAAGCAUCUGAAGAUGACUGUGAAUAUGAAGAGAUACCCGAUGACAAUUUUAGCAUUCCAGAAGGUGAAGAAGAUCUGGCGAAAGCCACUCAGAUGGUUCAAGAACAGGUUACAGACACUCAAAUUCUGGAGCAGAAAACAGUUCUUCCUUCAAAGCCUGUCGUACCUGAAGUAAUAGAAGAUUUUCUCUGCAAUUUCCUGAUCAAAAUGGGAAUGACCAGAACUCUUGAUUGCUUUCAAUCUGAAUGGUAUGAAUUAAUACAGAAGGGAGUGACUGAACUUACAGAUGUUGGGAAUGUCCCAGAUAUCUAUACCCAGUAUAUGCUUUUAGAAAAUGAAAACAAAAAUUUGAAGAACGACUUGAAGCACUACAGACAGGCAGCUGACAAGGCUAAAGAAAGUUUGUUGAAAAUUCAGAAAGAACGUGAUUUUCAUCGAAUGCACCACAGGCGGAUAGUCCAAGAAAAAAACAAAUUAAUUAAUGACUUCAAAGGGUUGAAGUUACAUUAUGCAUCUUAUGAACCAACUAUAAGGGUUUUACUUGAAAAACACCACACUUUACUGAGGCAGAAAAUGCUCACCUCCUUGGAAAGAGACCGAGCAGUUGAGCAGAUUUCUGGACUUCGAACAACAAUAAGGAAUGUGGAACCAGGGCAAAGUUACCAAGCUUCUAAAAUUGGAGUUGUUCCUGACUGUGAAAGGGAGCGUGCCCCAGAGGAUCCUGCUCAGAGAGGUCUUCGUGAAGCCAGGGAACAAAACAAAAAUAAGACAAAGAUGAAAGAUGAUACAAAGGAUUCAGAAUUUCCCAUAUAUAUGCAACCAAAUCCAAACCAGUAUUUCUAUAAAGAAAAUGAUUGUCCAGCAAAAUUCGACUACACGCCGAAUACCAUAUUUAGACUUCAUGAACUUCCAGUGAGCUGCAUCGUCAUGCACCCCCUCAAAGAGAUCCUAGUGUCCUGUGGGGAGGACCACGUCUGGAAGGCAGUGGGGCUCCCGGAAGGCAGGGUGCUUCUCACAGGAUCGGGCCACACCGACUGGCUUUCCGACUGCUGCUUCCAUCCCAGUGGCAACAAGUUGGCUACAUCAAGUGGCGACACUACAGUUAAAUUAUGGGACCUGUCUACAGGCGAUUGCAUUUUGACCUUUGAAGGACACAAACACGCAGUGUGGUCCUGCACGUGGCAUUCCUGUGGUGACUUUGUGGCUUCUUCUUCCUUGGAUACCACCAGUAAAAUCUGGGAUGUUAAUAGUGAAAGAUGCAGAUGCACUUUGUAUGGACAUACGGAUUCUGUGAACAGCAUUGAGUUCUUUCUUUGCUCCAACACGCUUCUCACAGCUUCUGCAGAUAAGUCCCUGUCUAUAUGGGAUGCAAGAACGGGUAAAUGUGAGCAGUCACUUUAUGGUCACAUGCAUUCUGUCAAUGAUGCCACCUUCACGCCCCGGGGUCAUGUAAUAGCAUCCUGCGAUUCCUGUGGAGUCACAAAACUUUGGGACUUUCGGAAACUCUUACCAAUUGUGUCCAUCGAUGUAGGCCCAAGUCCUGGCAAUGAGGUGAACUUUGAUUCAUCAGGUCGAGUAUUAGCCCAAGCGAGUGGCAGUGGGAUUAUUCAUUUGCUGGAUCUUAAAUCAGGGCAGAUUCACAAAUUGGUGAGCCAUGAGAACGAAGCUCACACAGUCGUGUUUUCUCAUGAUGGAGAGAGUCUGUUUUCCGGAGGCUCUAAGGGCACUGUUCGAAUGUGGUCUUGA